AUAAACAUGAAAAUUACUGUUUCAUCCCGGAUUACUACCUGCUUAGUAUUCGAGUAGAGCGUAUGAUGGCUUUUCCCCAUUUUUUCUAUAUUCACUGACUAACCCUCCUCAGAAACUUCACUUGAACGAAUAGAACGCAUAGAGAGAGAGAGAGAGAUAUGCAAUUAUCCGUCUUCGACUUCGUUUCUGUCUAUAUAGAUUGAGUUUGUUUGUGUGUGUGUGUUAGAUAGAGAGAUCUGGUUACUGUUUCUCUCCGCGAAAUUCGUGCCUUGCUCCUCUGCGAUCUCUCAAUGGCGCUGCCUCUCGUGAAGAAGGACGACGAUCGUGACGACGAAGAAUACUCUCCGUUCCUGGGAAUUGAGAAGGGUUCUGUUCUCCAGGAAGCUAGGGUAUUCCAUGACCCUCAGCUAGACCCCAGAAAAUGUUCACAGGUCAUCACAAAGCUUCUGUAUCUUCUGAAUCAAGGGGAAACAUUCACAAAGGUAGAAGCCACAGAAGUAUUCUUUGCUGUCACAAAACUUUUCCAGUCAAGAGACAUUGGUUUAAGAAGAAUGGUUUAUUUGAUGAUAAAGGAGCUCUCUCCCUGCGCAGAUGAGGUUAUUAUUGUUACAAGCUCUCUUAUGAAGGACAUGAAUAGCAAGACUGACAUGUACCGGGCAAAUGCUAUACGGGUCCUCUGUCGUAUUACAGAUGGAACACUUCUGACCCAGAUCGAGAGAUACUUGAAACAAGCAAUUGUUGACAAAAACCCAGUGGUUGCAAGUGCAGCCCUUGUUAGUGGAUUCCAUUUACUCCAGACAAACCCGGAAAUUGUGAAGAGGUGGAGCAAUGAGGUGCAGGAAGCUGUUCAAUCAAGGGCAGCACUUGUACAGUUCCAUGCCCUUGCUUUACUGCACCAGAUACGACAAAAUGAUCGAUUAGCUGUCAGCAAGCUGGUUACCAGCCUGACAAGGGGGACUGUCCGUUCACCUUUGGCUCAAUGUCUCUUGAUUCGUUAUACUAGCCAGGUUAUCAGAGAAUCAAGUGUGAGUAACCAAACUGGGGACCGUCCAUUCUAUGACUAUCUUGAGGGCUGUCUUCGCCACAAAGCUGAAAUGGUUAUUUUUGAAGCAGCUAGAGCAAUCACAGAGUUAAGUGGUGUGACUAGUCGCGAAUUGACUCCAGCAAUUACUGUUCUACAACUCUUCUUGAGUUCCUCUAAGCCUGUGCUUCGAUUUGCAGCUGUCCGAACUUUGAAUAAGGUAGCAAUGACACAUCCUAUGGCCGUAACAAAUUGCAAUAUAGAUAUGGAGAGUUUGAUUUCUGAUCAAAAUAGAAGCAUAGCAACUCUUGCUAUCACCACACUGCUAAAAACGGGCAAUGAAUCUAGUGUCGAACGCUUGAUGAAACAAAUUACUAAUUUCAUGUCCGACAUUGCUGAUGAGUUCAAGAUUGUUGUGGUGGAAGCCAUCAGAUCAUUGUGUUUGAAGUUCCCCCUCAAAUACAGAUCCCUGAUGAAUUUCUUAAGCAAUAUACUGAGGGAAGAAGGUGGAUUUGAGUACAAGAAGGCAAUUAUUGAUUCUAUUGUGAUCCUCAUAAGAGAUAUACCGGAGGCAAAAGAAAUUGGGUUGCUUCAUCUAUGUGAAUUUAUUGAGGAUUGUGAAUUUACCUAUCUUUCUACACAGAUACUCCACUUUCUUGGAAUUGAGGGACCAAAGACCUCAGAUCCUAGCAAAUACAUAAGGUAUAUCUAUAAUCGAGUAAUACUUGAGAAUGCAACUGUUCGUGCCAGUGCUGUGAGCACAUUGGCAAUGUUUGCUGCUAUGGUUGAUUCUUUGAAGCCGCGUAUAUUUGUCUUGUUGAGGCGCUGUCUCUAUGACAGUGAUGAUGAGGUCCGUGAUCGGGCUACUCUGUAUCUGAAUACUAUUACAGAAGAUAGUUCAAUUGUUGAAGGCAAUAAAGAUGUGAAGGAAUUCCUGUUUGGGUCACUGGAUGUCCCACUGGUCAACCUAGAGACAAGUUUGAAGAACUAUAUACAGGAGCCCUCAGAUGAUCCUUUUGAUAUUGAUUCUGUACCCAAGGAGGUUAAAUCUCAGCCUCUUGCCGAGAAGAAAGCCCCGGGUAAAAAGCCAACUGGUUUGGGUGCUCCUCCUACUGUUCCUGCAUCCACAGUUGAUAACUAUGAAAUGUUGCUAUCUUCUAUUCCAGAGUUCUCAAACUUUGGAAGGCUUUUCAAGUCCUCGGCACCUGUGGAGCUUACAGAAGCUGAAACAGAAUAUGCAGUUAAUGUUGUCAAACACAUUUUUGAUAGCCAUGUUGUCUUUCAGUACAAUUGCAUCAAUACAAUUCCUGAGCAGUUACUGGAAAAUGUCACUGUUAUUGUGGAUGCUUCAGAAGCCGAGGAAUUUUCUGAACUAGCAUCCAAGCCAUUAAGAGCCCUUCCAUAUGAUUCACCAGGACAGACAUUUGUGGCGUUUGAGAAACCAGAAGGUGUCCCUGCUGUUGGAAAAUUCUCAAACAUGUUGAGGUUCAUCGUUAAAGAGUUGAUGAUUGCUAAAUAUCCUCUAUUACAUGGAUACUUCUCGAAAGUGGCUGUGUUGGUCCGUGAUCGGGCUACUCUGUAUCUGAAUACUAUUACAGAAGAUAGUUCAAUUGUUGAAGGCAAUAAAGAUGUGAAGGAAUUCCUGUUUGGGUCACUGGAUGUCCCACUGGUCAACCUAGAGACAAGUUUGAAGAACUAUAUACAGGAGCCCUCAGAUGAUCCUUUUGAUAUUGAUUCUGUACCCAAGGAGGUUAAAUCUCAGCCUCUUGCCGAGAAGAAAGCCCCGGGUAAAAAGCCAACUGGUUUGGGUGCUCCUCCUACUGUUCCUGCAUCCACAGUUGAUAACUAUGAAAUGUUGCUAUCUUCUAUUCCAGAGUUCUCAAACUUUGGAAGGCUUUUCAAGUCCUCGGCACCUGUGGAGCUUACAGAAGCUGAAACAGAAUAUGCAGUUAAUGUUGUCAAACACAUUUUUGAUAGCCAUGUUGUCUUUCAGUACAAUUGCAUCAAUACAAUUCCUGAGCAGUUACUGGAAAAUGUCACUGUUAUUGUGGAUGCUUCAGAAGCCGAGGAAUUUUCUGAACUAGCAUCCAAGCCAUUAAGAGCCCUUCCAUAUGAUUCACCAGGACAGACAUUUGUGGCGUUUGAGAAACCAGAAGGUGUCCCUGCUGUUGGAAAAUUCUCAAACAUGUUGAGGUUCAUCGUUAAAGAGGUUGAUCCAUCUACUGGUGAAGCUGAGGAUGAUGGUGUGGAAGAUGAAUACCAGCUGGAAGACCUUGAGGUUGUUGCAGCAGAUUACAUGCUAAAAGUUGGGGUAUCCAAUUUCAGGAAUGCCUGGGAAAGCAUGGGCCCUGAUUAUGAGCGGAUAGAUGAGUAUGGUCUUGGCCCAAGGGAAAGCUUGGCAGAAGCUGUGAGUACGGUCAUCAACCUCCUUGGCAUGCAGCCCUGUGAGGGCACAGAGGUGGUUCCGAGUAAUUCAAGAUCGCAUACAUGUUUGUUGUCGGGUGUGUACAUAGGCAAUGCAAAGGUACUUGUCCGGUUGUCCUUUGGAAUUGAUGGGCCAAAAGAGGUAGCAAUGAAGCUGGCUGUUAGAUCUGAAGAUGAAUCCGUUAGUGAUGCCAUCCAUGAUAUUGUAGCUAGCGGCUAGCUGGUUACAUUGAUGAAUGGUGGUUUCUCUUUUCUCGGAUGUGCUUUGCGUUGGGAAUAUCCAAUAGUGAACUACCCAAGUCACUAUGGAAUGGAGGUCAACGGGAACUACGGUUUGUUUUAUUUUUGGUAAAAGCUAAAUGUAGGUUCCAUCUAGGCUGUUUUAUUUACGGCUGCUCACAUAGGUGAAGGGAUUUUCAAGACAAUUUUUCCGGUGGAUCAACAAAUUGGUCAUUUUUGUACGUAUUAUAAAAAAAAUUAAUUGAAAAGAACGGCUUUACUCUUCCUUGCAUCUAGUGUGUUUUGGUGAAUAAGAGCACGGUAGUGAUCCUCUCGUUCAGGCACCAUCAAAGCUUACUUUUGGGAGUCUUUUCCUAUUUCCAAGGCGGUCAGUUUGGCAGCAAAAGUGUUCAAGUUGUAUGCAGAAUCAAUAGGAGUCCAAAUGAGCUUUUAUGUAUGAUGUUUAUUAUUAAUUGACUUUUCACCAUCAGCCUCCUUGAAUGAGUAAAGCCAAAGCCAGGGACGAAGUGCCCAUUUGAAGUGGCGAAGGCCUAUACUACAAAAGUACGUUGAAAGCUCAGGUUAAACUAUAAAGAAAGAGAGCCUAGAGUUGCAAAAAGAGAGAU